UACUAGACUAAAUCUUAAAAUUAAUUGAAUGAAGAUAAAAAAUCACUGCAUUGUGUUUUGUUUUUGUAUGUGUAAUUGGAAAGCGAAUAAUGAAACAUCGAUUUGUGUAAAUUAGAAAAAAUUCCCGUUUGUGCACAGAUAUAAUUCAAAUAAUAAAGGAUGUAUUUUUAUUGAGCUUUAUAUUCAUUUCUUUAAAAUGUGGGAACUAUUUUAUGCAAAGUAUCGUUGUUCAAAAUUAGAAUGCAUUUUGCAUUUGUAAACUAAUAUAACUGACAACAUUGUGUAAGACAUUUAUAACCUCAAACUCAUAAAAAUAACCUAGUUAAAUAGAUAAAUUUAAUAUCAAAUUUGAAAUUUAUGAUAUUUAUGAGAAGAAUGAAUAGAAAUGUUUAACUCGAAUUCAAGAUGCUAAAACUUUCAAAUACCUUAUUAAUUCAACAAUGGACAAUUCAGAUUAACCGAAGACUUUUGUCAAAAGUUGAGUUAAAGACUAAUGAUGUUGUGUUAUUCAACCAAAAUUAUUUAAGAGAUGAAUACACCAAUAUUACGGAAAAAGUUUGUAGCUAUAUAGGCAAAAAUAUAUACUUAAGGGAUUAUCAUCCCCUAAGCCUAGUAAGACAACGAAUAGUUAACUAUUUCUACAAUACUUAUGUUAACAGAAGAGGAAAUCCCAUUUUUUCUAUUCAUGAUAAUCUAUCACCAGUGGUUAAUGUUAACCAAAAUUUUGAUAGUUUACUGAUUCCAAAAAAUCACCCAUCUCGGAGUAAAAGUGAUUGCUAUUACAUAAAUAAAAUAUAUAUGUUAAGGGCACAUAUGACAGCUCACCAAAGCGAGUUAAUCCAAUCUGGUUUAAAUAAUUUUUUAAUUAUAGGGGAUGUAUAUAGAAGGGAUGAAAUUGACAGUACCCAUUAUCCUGUGUUUCACCAAGUAGAUGCUGUUCGUUUAAGAAGUAGGGAGGAAAUUUUCUUGAAAAAUGAAAAUUUAAAUAUUUUUGAAGAAGGAAAUAAUACAUCCUUCACAGGAAACCAGGAAAAACAAGCUUGUCAUACUUUAGAAGCAGUGAAGCUAGUAGAAUAUGAAUUAAAAGAAACUUUGUUUGCCCUUGCCAAACAAUUGUUUGGAAAAAAUGUGAAAUGUCGUUGGGUAGACACAACUUUCCCUUUCACACAGCCUUCUUGGGAGCUGGAAGUCUUCCACAAUGAUCAAUGGAUUGAGGUUCUUGGUUGUGGUAUUAUGCAGCAAGCCAUUUUAAACAAUGGUGGAGUCACCGAUAAAAUUGGUUGGGCGUUCGGUCUAGGCCUAGAACGUAUUGCAAUGUGCCUUUACAAAAUUCCAGAUAUUCGUCUAUUUUGGUCAACCGAUUCUGGAUUUUUAAACCAAUUCAAAAAUAAAAACGUCGAUGAUAGUAUUAUCUAUACUCCAGUUAGUCAAUAUCCACAAUGUAAAAAUGAUUUGAGUUUCUGGAUUCCUCCUGGAGAAUUCUCCAGCAACGACUUCUACGAUUUGGCAAGAAAUAUUGGAGGUGAUUUAAUAGAACAAAUAGAAUUAAUCGAUGAGUUUACACAUAAAAAAACGGGAAAAAUUAGUCAUUGCUAUAGGAUUACUUACAGACAUAUGGAAAAGACACUCACUCAGGAGGAAGUGAAUGCUGUUCAUAAAAAUAUUGCCAAUAAAGUUGAAGAAAUUGGAGAUCCACUCUAUGUCCAAGGCAUAAUCGACGUAAUAAUCUUUUUUAAGGUUAAUUAUUUAUGACAUGUUUUGUAAGGAAUAACUUUUUGAAUCUAAUUAAAUAUCAUUUAGAAAUU